AUGUCGGCUGCUCAGACCUGGAAAGUCCCACCAUCGGGCGUCUGGGCGCCUGCGGUGACGCUCUUCGAUCCGGAGACAGACAAGCUCGUGCUCGAGGACCAGAAAAAGUACUACGCGCACCUGUCCAAAUCCGGGCUGGCGGGGCUGGUGGUUCUGGGGACCAACGCCGAGACGUUUCUGCUGACGCGCGAGGAGCGCCGACAGCUGCUCGAGACGGCGCGGCAGGCGGUCGGGCCAGACUUCCCCAUCAUGGCCGGGUGCGGCGGGCACUCGACGGCGCAGGUGCUCGAGUUCCUGCGCGACGCGGCCGACGCGGGCGCCGACAGCGCCCUGGUGCUCCCGCCCGCGUACUUUGGCAAGGCGACGACGCCGGCCGUGGUGCAGCGCUUCUUUGCCGACGUCGCGGCCGCCACGCCGCUCCCCGUCGUGCUGUACAACUUCCCCGGCGUCUGCAACGGCGUCGACCUCGACUCGGACCUCAUCUCCACCCUCGCCCGCCUCCACCCGCAGAUCGUGGGCGUCAAAUUGACCUGCGGCAGCGUCGCCAAGAUCGUGCGCCUCGCCGCCGAGCUGCCGCCCGACGAGUUUGCCGUCUUUGGUGGUCAGUCGGAUUUCCUGCUCGGGGGGUUGGCGUCGGGCAGCGCCGGCUGCAUCGCCGCCUUUGCAAACGUCUUCCCGCGCUCGCUGGCUGGCAUCUACGAGCUGUGGAAGGAGGGCAAGACGGACGAGGCGCUGCGGCUGCACAAGAUCGCCGCCUUGGCAGAGAGGCCGUGCAAGAGCGGCAUCGCCAUGACCAAGUACGCCGCGGCUGUGUUUUCGGCGAGCAGGGCGGGCGUGGAGGAUGCGGAGCGCAAGAUGCUGCCGAGGAGGCCUUAUGCGGGACCCGGCGAGCCGGACAAGGCCAAGUGUCGGGAGGCCAUGGCUGAGCUGGGAAAGAUUGAGGAGGAUCUGGCGAGCAAGUCUUCAUAA